GGCUGAUUUUGAAUAAGGAAGAUGGCAACCGCGGCAGUGGUUGAGUUUCAGAGAGCCCAGUCUCUCAUUAGUACGGACAGAAAUGCCUCUAUUGAUAUUUUACACUCAAUAGUGAGGCGAGAUGUCCAACAAGAUGAUGAGGAGGCGGUCAGAGUUAAGGAGCAGAGCAUCCUUGAGCUGGGAAAUCUCCUGGCCACGACCGGUCAGGCUGCAGAGCUGGGGGGACUGCUGAAGUUUGUGAGGCCUUUCCUCAUCUCCAUCAGCAAGGCCAAGGCUGCCCGACUAGUGCGCUCCCUUCUGGACCUCUUCUUGGACAUGGAGGCCGCCACAGGACAGGAAGUGGAGCUGUGCCUGGAGUGCAUUGAGUGGGCCAAGGCUGAGAAGAGGACCUUCCUCAGACAGGCCUUGGAGGCCCGGCUGGUCUCACUGUAUUUUGACACCAAACGGUAUCAGGAAGCCCUGUCACUUGGGUCGCAGUUGCUGCAGGAGCUCAAAAAGAUGGAUGACAAGGCUUUGCUGGUGGAGGUGCAGCUGCUCGAGAGCAAGACUUACCACGCCCUCAGUAACCUCCCCAAGGCCCGGGCUGCUCUCACCUCAGCCAGGACCACGGCUAAUGCCAUCUACUGCCCUCCCAAACUUCAGGCAGCUCUGGACAUGCAGUCAGGAAUCAUCCACGCAGCUGAGGAGAAGGACUGGAAGACGGCCUACUCCUACUUCUUCGAGGCUUUCGAGGGCUACGACUCUAUCGACAGCCCCAGGGCCGUCACUGCACUGAAAUACAUGCUGCUCUGCAAGAUCAUGCUCAGCCACCCAGAAGAUGUUCAUGCCCUGAACAGUGGAAAACUUGCCCUACGGUAUGCUGGGAGACAAACAGAUUCACUGAAGUGUGUAGCACAAGCCAGCAAGAACAGAUCAUUAGCUGACUUUGAGAAGGCUCUGAGAGAUUACAAAUCGGAGCUGAGGGACGACCCUAUUAUCAACACGCAUCUGAAAAAGCUGUAUGACAAUCUGCUGGAGCAGAAUCUCAUCAGGGUCAUUGAGCCUUUCUCCAGAGUACAGAUCACACACAUAUCUUCACUCAUCAAACUCUCAAAGGGGGAUGUGGAGAGGAAACUAUCACAAAUGAUUCUGGAUAAGAAAUUUCAUGGCAUUCUGGACCAAGGUGAAGGGGUUCUUAUCAUAUUUGAAGAGCCUCCGGUGGACAAAACCUACGAGGCAGCCUUGGAAACCAUUCAGAACAUGAGCAAAGUGGUUGAUUCACUUUACAACAAAGCAAAGAAGCUGACAUAGGACCAAAGUCCAGACUGCAGCUAAGAGGGACAGAGUGUGUGUACUGUAUGUGUGUGAGUGUGUACUGUAUGUGUGUGCGUGUGUGUGUGUACACAUGUGCGUGCGUGUGUGUGUGUGGCCAACACGUGGAACCUUUUUUUGCGGGGGAGGAAGGACGACGUCAAGCAGAAUUCGAAAGCUGCAGCGGGAGUCCACCCCCCACAACCCCCCCCCCCCCCCCCCCCGCCCCACCUGAGAGUUUUUAACAUCUCCUCCAAUGGACUUCAACAAAUUAUACAUCCGUUUUUUUCCUUCACUCUUUAUUUUCCGCUCAGUGUUCUCUUUCAGUGUAUCUCAACGGCCGACACAGGCCAUCAGGGAUUAUAUUUACAGCCACAAUAAAAGAUAAAGCAGUAAUCAUA